CGAAGAAGAGUCUGUUUUCGUCCGGGUCAUUUUUGACGUGCUGUAUUUUCGUCCGGGACAUCUAUCCGUUUGCAGCAACGCAAUUGACUGGGUCGCAAACUAUUCAUUUUAUUAAUUUGAGCUUAUCCUAUUUGUCUUUAUUGCUUAAUCAAAAUACGGAUCAUGAACCGGCCUGGUCAACGUCAGUGUGGCCCGCCACCUCCAUCUUUCGGCGUUCCACCAUCUCGCGGCCCUCCUUACAAUGUCGGUGCUUCGUGUGAGCCUUCUGCUCGAAAUUUACCUCCUGGACGGUCCGGACCAUUUUCGUCUUCGGCGCCUCUGGGAACCCAAUUUCUACAAAGACCUCCAGGACCUAAUUAUAUGAAUCCCCACUGUAGCUCGUUCUCCAUAGACCGUAGUACUCUUGGAGGCAGCCAGCAGCUUGCCUCUCGGCCACCGCCAUCUCAUCUUCCAGGUUCCCAAUGGAAUCCAACACCUGUCAAUCACACACCAGACAACAGUGACAGUGCUGGAGAAGAGUUCCUGAGAUGUAUAGCUGCAAAUAAACCUUUCCCAGACUAUCUCAGAGGCAACAUGGCAUACAACCUGGCUGAUGCAUUAAAGUCAGCCACAAUCCUGAAAGAGGCUGUCAAGUCAGACCUUGUUUUCCCGAAGCGUUUGACCAGGAGCAAAAGUCGGAGCAGGAGUCCGAACCACAGCCGUGGAAGAUCUCGAGCUCAAAGCCGCGGGCCAAGCCGUGGCCGUAGCUGUGCACGAAGCAGAAGUAGAAGUAGAAGUAGAAGUAGAGGAAGGAGUAAAAGUCACGUUCGUGGAAAAAGUCGGGCAAGAAGCAAAAGCAGAGCUCGCAGUCGAAGCCAAACCAGGGAAAGUCGUGCACGGAGCAAAAGCAGGCCUAGGCUGUCUUCGUCACGAAGUAGCAGCCUGGACAAGAGCCAUGAUAAAAGCAAAAAGCAGCCAAGAACCCACAGCUACAUCAGUGACAACACUGGUCCCAGUUCUAGUACUGGGCUCAGCGGCAGUAGUUUGUUGGAGGGACUUAAGAUGGUCAUCAACAACAAAGAAAUGGCAAACCAGCUGCCCUCUCUCAAGGAGGCAAUCCUAACUAUUCAGGCCUCAGAUAAAAGCAAAAAACCACGGCGUGGCUCUCACUUGCAACAACAUGGAACACCGGCGACUUCAACAUCACUGGAAAAUGAGAGCAUGCUCCUGCCUCAUGACAGAGUUGGCAGUGACUUCUCUUGGCUUCAGCCCCAAAGUCACAUGGCUUCCAAAGCUGAGCCUUUUGAAGAUGAGGAGUGGUUCUUAUAUGGCGAUGAAAAAGCCAAAAAAGAACAUCUAUACUCUCAAACAUCUACGACACGCACGACUGGAGAGUUGGUCAAACCACAGUGGGAUGAAAUGAAGACUUGGGAUCUGGGCAGUAAACAGCAUAAUCACGAUCAGUCAUAUUCCCGUCUUUUGGAUGGCUUCUUAUCGUCAAGACAAGUCUUUGCUAAUCUGGACAACAAUGAGUGUGAGAAGAUCAAAAUGAUAUUGAACAAUUUGACCAAAGGAAACUGUAAUGAGAUUGGCAAACAGUUACCUCCAGAGCAGCCUCUUAGUUCGACAGCGGCUUCUUUGGGAUUGUCUCAAGACCCUAAUAUGCAGAGCGCUUUGGAGUCCCUACAGUCACUCAUCAAAGCAACCAAGGAUAAGCGAGAAAAAGGUGAUACAGCUGAGACAUCUCUGUCAUCCUACGAAAAGCACAAGCCAGGUGAUAAAAGUGAAAGGGACAAAGUCAAACGAACAAAAAUGACUCAAACUGAAAAUUUGAUGCAAGAAAUGGGGGAAAUGCUCAAAGAGGACGGAUUACAUUUUCUAAUACCAGUGAUUGGAUUUUACUGCCAGAUAUGUGAGGAAUUCAUUGGAGAUUUAAGUAAAGCUGAAACCCAUGCAGCCAUCCACGCUCAUCCUAAAAUUGGCCGUAAAACACUUGUGAGUAAACAUACAGAAGAGACCAAAGGACACUCCAGCUGCAGCAGCAGUAGCAGCACCAAACACCAUCCCACAUUGUCAGACCAGAGAAGCAGUUAUACAGAGAGAGGAGACAGCGGCAAACCGGGAAAUCAUUACGAUAGGAGCCACGAGACUGAUCACACAAGCAAACAGGAGGAUGGUUAUCAUCGUAGUCACCAGCCCGGGCAGGAAAGUAAUUUGUUCAAGAAGAUGAGGGAGGAGAAGAUGCUCAUAACUGUUUGUGUUGAAUCACCAAAUGUUAAGGAGGAGCUGAAUAAGGAUCAGGACAUAAAAAUCCAUGCUCAACUUAAGGAGGUAUCAGCAUCCAAUGGGAAGUCGAAUGACGUUUGCAAAAAAGACGCAAAGGAAAAAGAUGAAAGCCAUGACAGCACCGAUGACCAAGAAAAGGAAUCAACAGUAAAGUCACACAAAAAGAAAAAGAAAAAGGAGAAGAAAAAGAAGAAGAACAAGAAGAAAAAGAAGCGUGAUUUGUCUUAGCAAUACACUGUGCUUGCUUGUUAAAAGUUCAAACCUCAACAAAAGUCACAUCACAACAUCUUUGCGAGACAAAGUUUUGAUUUGUCAGGUGUAAAAUAGAAGUUCGUUUUUUUAUUUUAUGUGGCCUGUUAAAAUUGGCCUGUGGUUUGUGAUAAAACCUGUACCGGAAUUGAAAAUUGUCACAUUUGAAGUUAUUGCAAGCAUUUAUUUGGUUCUUUUGGAAAUACUGUUAAAUAAAAAAA